UUCUCUCUACUUCCCUUGGCCCCCCACCCCACCCGCCCUUCCCAGCCAGCGCGCGGUUUGGUCGUCGCCUCCUCCUCCUCGCCGAUCCACCCGCCCGUCCCAGAUCCACGCCACCGCGCGGAUCCCCGAUGCGGGCGCCGGCGAUGCUCCGGUGGGCCGCCGCCGGCCUCGCCCUCCUCGCGCUGCUCGCCCCCACGCCCGCCGCCGCCUUCUACCUCCCCGGCGUCGCCCCCACCGACUUCGCAAAGGAAGAUGAACUGUUGGUGAAGGUGAACAAGCUGACAUCAAUAAAGACUCAGCUCCCCUACACGUAUUACUCCCUUCCUUUCUGCAAGCCGAAUACCAUAGUUGACAGUGCUGAAAACCUUGGUGAGGUUCUCCGUGGUGAUCGAAUUGAGAACUCCCCUUAUGUGUUCCAAAUGAGAGAGCCCAAGAUGUGCCAGAUUAUCUGCAAAAUAACUGUCACGGAGAAAGAAGCAAAGGAGCUCAAGGAGAAGAUCGAGGAUGAAUACCGCGUGAACAUGGUUCUUGACAAUCUGCCACUGGUUGUUCCAGUUCAAAGGCCAGAUAGGAAUACUGUCGCCUACCAAGGUGGAUAUCAUGUUGGUGUCAAGGGCCAGUACGCUGGAAGCAAGGAUGAGAAGCACUUUAUCCACAACCAUUUGUCAUUUUCGGUUAAGUUUCACAAGGAUGAGGAUUCAGAACUUUCUAGGAUAGUGGGAUUUGAGGUCAAACCAUACAGCAUCAAGCAUCAGUACGAUGGGAAUUGGAAUGACGCAAACACUCGUUUGAGCACAUGUGAUCCUCAUAACAGCAAGUUUGUAAUAAAUUCUGAAACUCCUCAGGAGGUUGAGGUCGGCAAAGAUAUCGUAUUCACCUAUGAUGUUCGCUUUGAGGAGAGUGAAAUUAAGUGGGCAUCUCGAUGGGACACCUAUUUGCUGAUGUCUGAUGAUCAGAUUCACUGGUUCUCUAUUGUUAACUCUCUCAUGAUCGUGCUUUUCCUAUCUGGUAUGGUAGCCAUGAUCAUGAUGCGCACCCUGUACAGAGAUAUAUCUAGGUACAACCAGCUUGAAACUCAAGAGGAGGCACAGGAGGAAACUGGCUGGAAGCUUGUCCAUGGAGACGUUUUCCGCCCUCCAGUUAACUCUGAUUUGCUCUGCGUCUUUGUUGGCACUGGAGUCCAAUUCUUUGGCAUGCUGCUGGUUACGAUGAUCUUUGCUGUUCUGGGUUUCCUCUCUCCAUCGAACCGUGGAGGAUUGAUGACUGCAAUGCUUCUCGUCUGGGUCCUAAUGGGGUUGAUUGCUGGCUAUUCUUCUUCACGACUCUACAAGAUGUUCAAGGGUGCAGAGUGGAAGCAGAUAACCCUGCGCACGGCUUUCCUGUUUCCAGGGAUUGCUUUCGUCAUCUUCUUCAUCUUGAAUGCCCUUAUAUGGGGGGAGAAGUCAUCUGGUGCCGUCCCAUUCACCACCAUGUUUGCCCUGGUCCUCCUCUGGUUCGGCAUCUCAGUGCCCCUUGUGUUUGUCGGGAGCUACCUCGGGUUCAAGAAGCCUGCCAUGGAGCCUCCGGUGAAGACCAACAAGAUCCCGCGACAGAUCCCUGAGCAAGCCUGGUACAUGAACCCGCUCUUCACCAUCCUGAUCGGUGGCAUCCUGCCGUUCGGCGCGGUCUUCAUCGAGCUCUUCUUCAUCCUCACCUCGAUCUGGCUGCACCAGUUCUACUACAUCUUCGGCUUCCUCUUCCUGGUGUUUGUGAUCCUCAUCAUCACCUGCGCUGAGAUCACCAUCGUGCUCUGCUACUUCCAGCUGUGCAGCGAGGACUACAACUGGUGGUGGAGGUCGUACCUGACCUCAGGGUCGUCGGCGCUGUACCUCUUCCUGUACGCAGGGUUCUACUUCUGGACCAAGCUGCAGAUCAGCAAGCUGGUGUCGGGCAUCCUCUACUUUGGGUACAUGCUGCUCGCCUCCUUCUCCUUCUUCGUGCUCACCGGAACCAUCGGCUUCUGCGCCUGCUUCUGGUUCACGAGGAUGAUCUACUCAUCCGUGAAGAUCGAUUAGAGUCUACGCCGGAGGCACAGCAGGCAAGAAGAGACAGAGACAGAGCAUAGCAUAUGUUUUGAGCUUUCCGCGGUCGAGGUGAUGAUAAUUGUAUGAUUAAGGUGAAAGAAAGUGGGGAUCAGCCCCUGUUGUUACUGUUUUCAGUUUUUUCAGGAGAAGUUACAUUUUGGAAUUAGUUUAUGACGAACCGAUGAUUUAUGUUUAUUGUUGUGGUGGCAAGUGAUGAUACAUGUUAGUGAUAAAUCUUGGGAGUAUCGAGGGUAGAAUACAAUACACUGUGAUUGAGUUGUCUGUUUUGGCAGAAUUUGAUGAAUCAGCAUAUAAAAUUCAGUUGAUUUCAUGACCGGAA